AUCCUGCCCCCUUUCUCCGCUCCGUGUCCCCUGCUGUUUGUAUUUCCCUCCCACUGCUCUUGUCCCCCUUCGCCACAGGGACGAAUCUGCGCAGCACUCGGGAUGGGCUCCACGGAGAGUGCGGACGUGUUCACGGUCUCCUCCUGCUGCAUCGUGCGCAUUCGUUUGCGCAUCAUUUCCCUUUUCACUUUCGCUCCCUGACGGGCACUUGGACUCCACGGCCCUGCCGUUCAUGGGGUGCCGAGGCCGAUGAGAGGUGCCGCACAUUCGUGUGUUUCCCCCGGGAUACGUCCGGCCUGCGGCCGUGCACCGUGCGGUGGGAGGGGGCGGCGGGGAAACAGUGUGGGCGGCGCCAACGCAGCGGGAGGGGGCUGCGGCGACGUUGCCUCUUGGGCGAGUUCGUUUGGGAGGGUCUCAUUCGGCGGUUAGUGCGUGCGUGGGGUGCACUGCCGCCACCGAAGUGCUGCGGGUGGUGUUGCAUCUCGCACCACAGCGUACUUGGUCGGCUAAAAAAAAAGAAGAGGAUAACCUGA